CAUCGGCGCGGUUUUUUUUCCACUGUCUCUGGAGCAAACGUUGGAAUCAUGUACUGGUUACAUUUAUUUGUCUCCAUCAUCUGUUCGAUUGUCCUGACCGAAGCUGAGCAAUGCUCCAAGGAUAAACAAACUCCGACCGUCAGACUCAAGAAGGAUCUGUUGUGCGGCUACGAUAGAACAGUUCGUCCGACUUUAAAUCAUGGAAACACGACCAAAGUCAGUGUGAGGAUGGUGCUGAAGUCUUUCACAUACCAUUCCCACGAAAGCACUUUAUCAGUCAACAGUUGGUUAGCUCUGGUGUGGAACGACGAACACCUAGUUUGGGAUCCCAAAGAUUACGACAACCUGCAAACGAUUCACAUCAACAGAGAUUCCAUUUGGUACCCGGAUCUUUCCAUUUACAACAGGGCUGAUCAAUCUGGAGAUCCGAGCGCUCUGACCGCCGUCGAUUGUUUGCUGUUGCACAAGGGAAACGUGAUCUGCAUCCCUCCGACGAGACACGAAGCCAUAUGCGUUCCGAAUCUGUCCAAGUAUCCUUUCGACGUGCAAAAUUGCACCCUGCGCUUCGGAUCCUGGGUGCACAGCGGCGAAGAGAUCGACUUCAAGCUGACCGAUCCGCCCGUAACGACCGACGAUUUCGUGGAGAAUCCAGAGUGGAAACUGCUCAAAGUGAACGCAUCCAAGCACAGCGGCAUCUUCAAAUGCUGCCCCAACAACAGUUAUCCCACGUUGAACUAUUACUUCACCAUCGAAAGGCAUUCGGGAUCUUUAAUCUGCAUGAUCGUCGUUCCUGCUUUAGGUAUGAUUUUCAUGACUCUGAUAACUCUAGUGAUGAGUCCUGAAGAGAUGGAACGGAUUGCGCUCAUCUGCAGCAACGUCAUUUUCCAUCUGUUGUACCUCCAAAACAUAUCCUGGCAAAUACCGAUCAGCGGCGCCCAAGCUCCACUCAUACUUGUAUUCGCCAGAGAUUCAUUAUUGCUCACUAUUUUUACUCUUUUAUUGACUGUAAUUCAACGUAAAUUGAUCAGAACAACAACACAAAGCCCAAUGUGGAUGUCCAAAAUGGUUGCAGCUAUUAUUACCAGCAGACCGGGACAAGUCUUUUUCAUAUUCGAUGAUAAUCUAAAGAGCGUUGCAAAUAGGAUUGGCGACGAAGACGGUGCAAAUAUCAUCGAGAAUUCGCAGACGCAAGGACCCAACAAGGACUGGUUGAUUUUCGGAAGGAUUCUCGACAAAAUCUGCUUCAUCUCCUAUUGCAUCAUUUACCUCUGCAUGUUCAUAGCCUUCGUUCCUUGAGACAUCAUCAAUCGACAUGUUAAAUCUUAAGAUUACAUUAC